UUACGCCAACCUGCACUGCAAGUUAUUGUUGGGGUAUGCGAAAGGCGCAGACUACUCACCAGGCAUGCGAUUUUCGGGCGCCGCUGCAGGCCAGCACUCAUGGAACGCGGUGUUAGUGGAUGGGACGUGGCACUUGGUAGAUUGUCACUGGGCAGCGCGGCGGCUCAUCGUGAAACGUGCAAGUGUGGAGAAUGUGCGUUACAUUCUGGACACCUUCUACUUCCUCACCAAUCCCAGCCAACUCAUCUAUACGCACUUUCCACACGAUAAAGACUGGCAGCUCCUCCACCAUCCCAUUACUCUGGAGGAGUUUGAGGCGCUGCCUUUGGUGAAGUCGGCAUUCUUUAAGUACAACCUGAGUUUGGUGAGCCAUCGCACUGCAGUGAUUCUCUUCUCGGACCCUGAGGUGCGUGUGGUGAUUGGUUACCCAAAGGAUGCAAACAACACCUUCCUCUUCACCAUUGGUCUUUCUUUUGACGACUCAGAGUCGAGUGAACACUACAAUAAUAUCUCGCUCAUGCGAUAUGCACGACAAGAGGUGGUGGCACGUGAGUGCUGCGUGGCCUUCUACAUCCGUCCACCGAGACCGGGUGCCUACAAAUUGUUGGUGUAUGCGAAGAAACGCGAUGGCAGUGGCAUGGACGGUAUCUACCGAGAGGAAGAGGCACCUGGAAUAAGUAGAGCAGCAGGCGAAAAGAACCUUUAUGGUGCAGUCUGUGAGUAUCGUCUCAUGGCUCGUACACCCUCCAACGCUUGUCUUCCACCAUUCCCGCCCUGCCAGACCGGGAACUAUGGUGUUACUGAGAUGUUCAACCGUUUUAACGUGGUACCAAUAGGCCCAGAAGCGAACGAAGCAACUCUUAGAGCCCGAAAUGGCGUCGUAGAGGUGCGGUUUGCUUUGAUUGGCGGUUCACAGCGCCCUAUGCCGCGGAUGAUGGGGCGAUUGCGUUGCAGCCUUCUGCCCGAAGAAGACCUCGACAACUGCAUUCUCUACCGAGUGCUCAAGAGCGGCACGGAA